GAGGGGUGUGGAUUUAUCCCAGACCGCGAGACUCUUGAGUCUUACGGAAACGCUGACGUCAAAGAAAAGCAGCCAGAAGAAAAAGUAGACAAAAAAACAAGGCGGAUAACUUUUUUUAUUUGGGGGGGGGGGGGAGAGAGGGUUCUGGCAAGGAGCGAGAACUGUUCAACAGCCCCUGCGAGAUCGGGAACACGCUCGCUCGCUAUUCCCGCUUGCGCGACACACGGGAAGGGGCAUGACGACGCGAAGAGUUCCAUAGUCGGCGAAACUUUUUUUGACGGACGCGUGGACGCCCCCCCCCCCCCCCUACUCGCUCGCUCGACUCCACCCGAGUCAUUUUUUUUUCUUUUCUUUUUUGGCAACUUCAAACUCUUGAGAGGGCCGGGCAAAGGGGGAUAUAUUUCGAGACAAAGUAAGAACAGAACUUCUGACUGGCUUGCUUCACUUACCACGCACGAGCUUCGCGGACUAACGGCGAGCGCCCCACUCUCAUCGCCUCCGCAGACGCGCAUCCAGCAGUGAGUGGUCGCGCGUGGACCAUUUUGUUACGUUCCAAGGCGCUGGAUAUUAUCCAAGAGAGAGAGAAGCUCCUCUCCAGGUUGAAGGACCCUCUGGCCGGAGGAGCUAUCUCCAUGCGCCCCGCGCACUAGCUUAGCAGGACCGUCCAUCACGAUCGCCAUGGGCACUCUCCGGAUAUUCAUCUACCUGGGAGCCGUGUUCCUCUCGCCCUGUCUGUCCACCUUCUCGUCCUCGGCACGCUAUCACCCGCAGUCUUCGUCCAUCAGCCACGGGCAGCUGUCAUCAAGUCGCCCCGCCAGCAGACACAGGAACUGGUGCGCGUACAUGGUGAGCAAGACGGUGACGUGCCCGGCGGAGGAUGGCGUGGAGACGUUUGUCAAGGCCGAGUACCAUACCUGCAUGUGGGGUCAUCUCAACUGCCAGCGCGCCGUCACGUAUCGUACCUUUGUACGGCCACAGUACAAGAUUGCCUACAAGACGGUGAAUGAGAUGGAGUGGCGCUGCUGCCCGGGCUACAGCGGGAACGGCUGCACCGACGGCCCCGCGCCCAGCCAGGGAGACACCUCAUCAUCCUCCUCGUCGUCAUCCUCAUCACCCUCCUCCUCCUCGUCGUCAUCCUCAUCACCCUCCUCCUCAUCCUCAUCACCGUCUUCCCCAGGCUCGGGCCAAGCGAGGCCGAGCAACGGGGCCUCUGGCUCCCUCUUCCCAACCAGGAACGGCGGAGGCUCACGGCCGGCGGUGGUAGGCGUCCCCACGGCGCACCGGCCUGGAAGCCUGGGCCCGGCGCCUAGGCCCGAUCGACCAUUGCAGCGCCAACGGCCUGGUGGGCUGGUGCCGCCGCAGCAGCAUCCACACCCUAACGGACGGGUCCCGGACAACCCCCACGGUGACAAAAUCACCCGGCUGGAAAACGAGGUGCACCGCCUGGCAGAGGCGUUCGGCACCCUGCAGUCUACGGUCAACGGCCUCAAGCUGACGCUGGAGGAGGACUCGAGCCAGCUGCGCAGCCUCAUCAUCAACAGCAACGGCCACGGCAAGGAAGGCUUCCGCCCACCUGUCAGCACGCUGGGACAUGACACCCACCACCCGGAGGCCGCAGUCCGGGGUGCCGUCACCGACGUGGCCGUCGCGUGGCGGCCAUCUGAUGUGCUCGGCAGGCUCGACAGGUUCAACGACACCCUCCGGCGAAAGGCCACGGCCCUGGAUCAAAUCCAGGGGCUCGUCCGGAGCCAGGAUGCGAGGAUCGAUGACUUGCUGCGCAAGGUGAAGGCGUGUAAUGAGCCAUGCCCGCCCGACCGUGGCGGCGGCGGCGGGUCGGCAUCGCGGCCGGGCGGCGUGGGCACUGGUUCUGGUGGUGAGAGAGGCGAUGUCAGAAAUCCAGGCUCGAGCCAACCUGGGGGUCCAGGGCAGUGGCUUCCAGGAGGCACAGGAGAUGGAAACAUGGAACAAGGCACUGGGACCGACGGUCAACAUAGGCCGGGCAGCACAGUUCCCAGAUACCCUGGAGGCCCAGGUUUUUCCACGCCGAGAGGUGCAGGGCAAGGACAGGCUUGGGUCCCAGGUAUAGGUUCAGGAGAUCAGGCGGGUGUUGGCCAUGGAUCCACCAUCCCAGGUGGUACAGGCACCGGUCACACUUGGAGACCGGACUCUGCUGUUGGUGGAGAAGGAGGUGGAGUUGGUGGUGGAAGCCAAUCUGGAGGACCAGUGUUUGUGAUUCCAGGAGGAAGAGGGUCAGGCGAUACAUUAGGACCAGGGACUGGAGGAGGAGGUCAGCUGAAGGUUGAUAGUCCUGGGUCUAGCUACCCAGGGGGUCCAGGCCUUUAUACGCCAGGAGGUACAGGGUCAGGCCAGGGUGGAGUGGGUGGCCCAGGAGAUAGAUUUGGGGCUGGAGGUGGUGUUGGUGGCCCAGGAAGUAGAGUUGGUGGCCCAGGAGGUGUAGUUGGAGGCCCAGGAGGUGGAGUUGGUGGCACAGGAGGUGGAGUUGGUGGCCCAGGAGGUGGAGUUGGUGGCCCAGGAGGUGGUGUUGGUGGCGCAGGAGAUAGAUUUAGGCCAGAAGCUGGAGUUGGUGGUCCAGGAGGUGGUGUUGGUGGCCCAGGAGAUCGAUUUAGGCCAGGAGGUGGAGUUGGUGGUCCAGAAGGUGGUGUUGGUGGCCCAGGAGAUAGAUUUGGGCCAGGAGGUGGAGUUGGUGGUCCAGAAGGUGGUGUUGGUGGCCCAGAAGAUAGAUUUGGGCCAGGAGGUGGAGUUGGUGGUCCAGGUGGUGUUGGUGGCCCAGGGGAUAAAUUUGGGCCAGGAGGUGGAGUUGGUGGCCCAGGAGGUGGUGUUGGUGGCCCAGGAGAUCAAUUUGGGCCAGGAGGUGGAGUUGGUGGUCCAGGAGGUGGUGUUGGUGGCCCAGGAGAUAGAUUUGGGCCAGGAGCUGGAGUUGGUGGCCCAGGAGGUGGAGUGGGUGGCCCAGGAGGUGGAGUUGGUGGCCCAGGAGGUGGUGUUGGUGGCCCAGGAGAUAGAUUUGGGCCAGGGGGUGGAGUUGGUGGUCCAGGAGGUGGAGUCGGUGGCCCAGGAGGUGGAGUCGGUGGCCCAGGAGGUGGAGUUGGUGGCCCAGGAGGUGGAGUUGGUGGCCCAGGAGGUGGAGUUGGUGGCCCAGGAAGUGGAGUUGGUAGUCCAGGAGGUGGAGUUGGUGGUCCAGGAGAUAGAUUUGGUCCAGGAGGUGGAGUUGGUGGCCCAGGAGGUGGAGUUGGUAGCCCAGGAGGUGGAGUUGGUGGCCCAGGAGGUGGAGUUGGUGGCCCAGGAGGUGGAGUUGGUGGCCCAGGAGGAAGAGUUGGUGGCCCAGGAGGUGGAGUUGGUAGCCCAGGAGGUAGUGUUGGUGGCCCAGGAGGUGGAGUUGGAGGCCCAGGAGGUGGAGUUGGUAGCCCAGGAGGUGGAGUUGGUGGCCCAGGAGGUGGAGUUGGAAGCCCAGGAGGUAGUGUUGGUGGCCCAGGAGGUGGAGUUGGUGGCCCAGGAGGUGGAGUUGGUGGCCCAGGAGGUGGAGUUGGUGGCCCAGGAAGUGGAGUUGGUGGCCCAGGAGGUGGAGUUGGUGGCCAAGGAGAUAGAGUUGGGGGUCCAGGUUCUAGUUACCCUGGGGGUCCAGGAGGUACGGGAUCUAAUCCGACUUGGGUACCAGGUACAGGGAGUACAUCAGUUGGGUCAGAACAGUUAGAUCCAGACGAAAAUUUUGGUUCAAAGGACACAAUUCAGCCUGGAGUUCAUGGAGAGCCACAGUUCAAAACACCACCGCCUCCCAGAGGAUCACACCCGGGAAUUAACACCAUCAAUCAUAUUGAUCAGGAAACCCUCGAUCGAAAAUUGUCCCAACUCAAAGGGGAAAUUCUUCAAGAGAUACAGUCGAAGAUGCCACUAACUGCAGUAGAUGCCAGCAGCUGUCCCUGUGACCCCGAGAUCUUCGAUCUCCGCGAGAGGCUAGAGGAGGGGCAGGAGUCGUUGCGACGAAUGCAAGAUCAGAUCGCGGCUUCAAACUCUGGACAGAACCGUAAGUUCGGCGACAUUCGUGCGCAGCUCGAAAUGCUCGCUCUGACGUCUCUAUCUGACGGCGCCGCCACCAACGGGCGGCCCUGCUGCGACUCAGCGCAUGACUUUGACGGUCGACUCUCGGGCCUCGAGAGGAACAUCUCGUCCGUGGCGGACGCUUACAGAGUGCUGAACUCCCGUCUGGACAACGAGCUGGCCGCAAUUGCCGUCGCUCCGGAGGUGCUGCAGGAAGCCUCAGAGAUGACGUUCCAAGACCGCCUUGCUGACCUGGAGGGCCGGCUGAACGCAUCGGAGAAGAAUGCAGAGGAGCACUGCCUCUACGCCCAGGAUCUGCUGGAGACAAAAUUGUCUGACCUCCAGGAGAAGCAGCGGGAUGACUUGGACAGCGUAAGGGGAGACCUGGAAGCGCUGCGCGAGCUUGUCAACGCACUGCGGGGAACAGCGCACGCCGACCCCUCUGGUCCCGUGGACUCAGUUGACCUCUCUGAUGACUUGGUCAACCUCCUUAACCAUCGCUUCAUUGAUUUGGAGAGGAAACUGAACAAGACAAUGUGGGAAGCUGUUCACAAUGCCAGCGGCUCGGCGAGGCCCCACAGCAGUGGCCUAGACUUACCAGACAGCCUGAGAGAUGCCUUGGAUCAACUGGCGAGCGACGUAGAUGGAUUCCACAUCCAGGAAUUUGCCACGAACUUGUCGGCCAUCACCAAUGAGCUUAACACACUGAAGGCACGCCUCGAUGGUGGCAAUUACGAAACUGGCCUCGACACGGACGGCUUCUGCUCGGAGCUCUGUGAAGCAGAGGUGAAGAGGGUUUCGGAAAGAGUGGACUCUUGCGACGAUAGAUACCGCGAGUUGGCUGACAGAAUAGAGGCAAACAGGCGGUACGCCACAUCGCUUAAUCACACGUUCAACCAGCGAAAACCGCAGCCUCCCACCACUUCUGGUGGACGUGGAAGCAGCGGCGGCGGUGGUGGUGAUGGUGAUGGUGACGGUGUUGGUGGCAGCGGCGGCCGUGACACCAGCCGAGGUGGUGAUGGCGGCGGAGGCUUCAGUGACAAUGACAAUGGUGAGGACAACGUGGCGGUCCACCUCACGUUCUUGCGGGGAGAGGUGAAGACACUCAAGGGGCAGGUGCACUCUCUCAACACAACACUGAAAGGGAUGAACGACUCCCUCUAUAAUAUCGGUUUUGUCGGUGUGAGUGACACGGAGGGCAACGCCGACAAUGACGACAUGAGCGCCAAGAUCUCCUGGAUCUUCCCAGGUGAGCGCCCUCCGAUCCGAGGGCACGGCCGCAUCAUCAAGACCCUCGAGGGCGAAACGAUAAGUUCACCCCCUGCCAAGGCCAACGAAGAGGGUGGCGGUGAUGACGAUGGUGGCUGCAGCGGCAAAGACCGGGAGAAUUUCGAGCGGCGAAUCGGCAACCUGGAGGACAUGUGUGGGAAGUUGACGUCCGUCGCCGGGAGCCUCGACCGGAUCAAGGACGGCCUGAACAGGCACGUGACGGCGCUGUGGCAGUGCGUGAACAGCAUGAACGUGACCCUGCGGACGCACGGCGAGGGGAUUGACAGCCUGCAGGACGCGUGCGGUAACACCCGCACCGACAUUGAGGAUCGCCUGAGGUCCCUCAACGACACCAUCUUCCAGAUCCUGCACGACCCUCAGGAUGUCUUCUCAGGACUUGGAGAUUUCUCGAAGCCAUCGCCUGGUGUUCCCGGACCCCCCGGCCCUGCCGGUCCUCAUGGCCCCAUCGGCCCUGCUGGCCCUGCUGGCCCACGGGGCCACCCAGGGGCCCAAGGACAACAGGGCCUCCAGGGAGAGGCAGGACCACCUGGCCUAGAGGGCCAACUCGGUGGUUGGGGCGCGCUCUCGGGCCCCGUGGCGUUCUCCGCCGCCGUGCGCGACCAUCAGCCCGAGAACACCGUCAUCAAAUUCAGCCUCGUGCUCGUCAACGACGGAGACCACUACGACCCCAACACAGGCAUUUUCACCGCGCCGGUGAGCGGCCGCUACCUCGUCACCUCGGUGCUGGUGCCGGAGAAGAACAACCACGUGUUCGCCAUCCUGAGCCGCUCCAACAACUCGCUGCUCUACGUCGACUCCUCCGGCCCCCGGCCCGAGGAGAUCGAGAAGACCCUGCAGGCCAAGCCGAUGGCGGAGGAGGCCUCGCUGGGCCAGGCGGUCAUCAGCGUCAUCCUGCCUCUGUCCGCGGGCGACACGCUCUGCAUGGAGCUGGUGGAAGGCCAGGUGCACGCCUCCGAGGACCCAUACAGCACGUUCAGCGCAGCCCUCCUGUACGGCGACGAGUUGAGAUAACCGCGUCCCGCCGCCGCCGUUGUCAGAGGAGGAGGAGGGAGCGUCCUCCGUAUCGGAGGCGACGGGGCCUCCGCGAGCCGGGUCGUCGUCGCCGGCACGUUGAGAUGAACCUUGGCGUCGUUUCGCGAAACGCCGACCAGCAGCCGUUCCCCUCUGCUUUCUCGAGAAGAGAAGUAUCGUUGUUCAGAUCAAAGAAAUUGGGAUACGGUUCGAGAAAAAAAAUGUCCAGGCCGGCGAGAUAGCGUUGCCGUCCUUUUGAAUAUAAAUUAUUGGAGUGGGUCUGCGCAGACGUGAGAUUAACGACCGGGCCACUAUUCCGGGCCAAUGCGCAACAAUAGUUGAUAUGCACCCUCGACUCUGCACCUCCGAUUAGCACGGUUGGCAAAGUCCGGUGCGAAAGAAGUUCAACAUCCACACACAUACGACAGGUUUGUUGUUAUUGCAGUCAAUAUAACCGCCAUCGGCGUUGAACGCAGUUAUUUUUUUAUUUUUUGUACUUUUGAUAACCAAAACAACCAUGUGCACUGAAUGCUUGUGCGUUUAAUCUGCUGUGUCGGCAUAGGAAGGGGCUCUUUUUUAAGUGGCACGUCUGUUUUUUAAUUACACUUACCGUUUUCUAUGUAUGUAUUUAACUUAAUGUUUCGCCACGGUAUACCUUCCUGCUUUACACUUUGAACCCUUUUCAUCUUUUACACAAUUUAAAUGUCGUAGACUCAUUAUAAAACCACAAACAUGUCUUUUCUUUAACAAGCUAUUUUCUUUCUUUUAAACGCACUGUAUAUUUUGCCGACAAGCAAAGCGCUCUACAUAUUUGCAAGAUUGUUUUUGCCGCUGUGUUUUUAGUUCCAGGAUGCGAGCCGUUGUCUGGCACUCGGAUGUGGCGAUUUUAAUGUCGUUGCUUUGAACCCUCUCAACGGUAACAUUACGAUGCAAUGCUGUCACAGCUUUCCUUCGUACACAUUAAAACCUCUUGUUAAAGCGCUCAUUAGACUUACACGUAUGUACAUUAUUGACCAAUCAUCCUCUGAACGAUUCUCGACUAUGUCCCCGGGUCUUGCCCGAUGGCAGCACUUAAUUAAAACAAAAUUUCACCUCCGUUCCCAUGUGCCGCUGGACGGGAGGUUACGGAUGGGGCUUGGCGGCCAUCGGCAUCGUCGUGCCGCGUCAUGCUGGACGUGGCUCGCAUGGAGGCAGAAUUCCAAGCAGCCGGCUGACGUUAUUAGGCGAUUGGUCGACUUAAACUCAUUCAUCCCAGCCCCGAAACAUCUAACAUCACCGGCUGUGUCUGGCGGAGGUCACACGGAGGGGCGCACGCAGCCAAACGAGGGCAAGUUGCCACUGCUUUGCAAACUACCCAGUGGACAGCCAAUGAACAAACUUUUUUUUAUCACAAAUCAAAUCGCUAUCUGUCAGAAAAAUCGCAAUUAGAUAUUUUCCCCAAAUCGUUCAACCCUAAGCAAUAGCAUCAUCAGCAGUAGCAUCAUCAGAAGCAGCAACAUCGUCAGUAGCAGCAAUAUCAGCAGCAGCAGAACGUGCCAACGUAGGCAAUGUGGUUGGAAGUGCUUUGCACAGCGUUCCACGUGUAACGGAAAGGCCUGCUUAAAACUCACGUGGGGGGGGGGGGGGGCGGGGGGCAACCGAGGAUGGCACUUCUUGCCGAGUCGUUACAACACGAGUGGACUUUCAAGAUUUAAAUUAUUUUUUUCUCAAGCGUAUAUGCUUAUAGAGGCGUUUCACUAACCAGUGGCUAGAAUGGCUUCUCAAAUGUAAAAAAAAAACAAAUCCGUGAUCAUAGUUAAAUUGUUUGCAACUAUUGAAUAAAGAUAUGAAAUCUGCCUCGAGAAA